AUGCCAACAACGAGGGACCUUUUUACUCCAAUCGAUGAGCUCAGGAUAACGGAGCCGUCGUACUUUGCAGUACAUUCCGCUGUGGCACCAAACCCUGCUGCGACAUCAUUUGGCCAGCUGAGAGUUUAUGUUCAGAAGACUCCAGUCAUGGCUCUUGAUGAGGGAUCACGCCGUGUCUACGGGGUGGCUCCGGAAUAUCAGUUGAUUUCUGAAGAUCCCAAUUACGGUUUUGGUUACGCCUGUCGACUGAUGGGCAGUUGUGUGAAGGGAUACGCAAAGACGAAAAAAGCUGCGAAGCACCUGGCUGCACGAGCCAUGCUCCACGAAAUUAUCAAAAAAGAUAGACAUGGCGAUUUCGGGAUACCAGGUCAAUCUCAAGAAGAAGCUCAUCGUGCAGUGGAUAAUCUCAUGAUCGGUGACGUCCGCACUGAAGUUUCUGGCGAAGAGACGUCUCCUGGCUGUCAGAAUGAAAAUUAUUCUGGGAGAUUGCUACAGCUAUGUCAAAGAAAGAAGUUCGAUUUGCCGCAGUACAGCUACAAGGAAGAAGGUCCUCCAAAUGACAGGACAUUCAUUACUACUUGUAAGGUUGUUGGUCAAGAAGUGGAGGGAGUGGCGAAAACAAAGAAGUCAUCAAAAAACAUUGCUUCAAAAGAGAUGCUGGCCAUCUUGGAGAAAGGCAUCGCGGAUAUGAACGAGGAACCUGAUCUAGAUCGAGUGACAGACGACGAUGCAAUCACCUCUGCAGCUAGCCCUCCGGUAGUUGAUGCUCCUGUUAUGGAGGAUGCUGUUGCGAUGGUUUCCGAAAUCCUCUCGGAUUCGAAGAGGUUUGAGUCUCCAACUCAGGAGUACCGAAUUCUCGAAAUAAUGCGCAUUUGGUAA